GAAAGCCCCGCGCGGCGCGGGCAGGACUGGCCGACCGGGGGUCCCCCACAUCCCGCUCGGGCGCGGGCGCGGCGAAUGGACCCGGGGCGCGCAGGUAAGGAGGCCCAGGCUGCGAUGAUGACCGCGGGACUGCCUUGAACCGCACAUAGCUCCCAAGCCCCAGGAGGAAGCCUGGCCGCCGCUUGGCUGAAUGCGACGCCGAGGUGGAGACCCACACGGGGACAGGGAGAGCGGAUGCUGUGAGCAUCGCCGCCGGGAAACCUGCCUCCUCCAUACCUCGCGUUUUAGCGGGCGCCACGUGCCGCGAGUGUCGUGGGGGGAAGCGCACGCCCCUUGACCCGGCGAGAUCCCACUCCGGAGCAUUUCCCUUCACGAAAGCGACUCCUUGGGCCGUGGCUGUGUUCAGGUCACUGUUUGAGGACCCUGCGUGUGUUAGCCCAUUCAGUGCCCACAGCACCCUGGUCAGGUGUCUUAGGAUCUCCCAAUGGGGCGGCUUUGCUCUGGGCUCACGUUCCCUGUGAGCUGUCUGAUCCUGAUGUGGGCGGCAGGCUCUGGGAGCGUCAAGGUCCUGCGUGCGCCCACCUGCUUCUCCGACUACUUCAGCACCUCCGUCUGCCAGUGGAACAUGGAUGCGCCCACGAACUGCAGCGCUGAGCUCCGCCUGUCCUACCAGCUGAACUUCAUGGGGUCCGAAAACCGCACGUGUGUCCCUGAGAACGGAGAAGGCGCGGCGUGUGCGUGCAGCAUGCUGAUGGACGACUUUGUCGAAGCGGACGUGUAUCAGCUGCACCUGUGGGCGGGGACGCAGCUGCUGUGGAGCGGCUCCUUCAAGCCCAGCAGUCACGUGAAACCCAGGGCUCCCGGAAACCUCACAGUUCACCCCAACGUCUCCCACACGUGGCUGCUGAGGUGGAGCAACCCUUACCCCCCUGAGAACCACCUGCACGCCGAGCUCACCUACAUGGUCAACAUCUCGAGUGAAGACGACCCCACGGAUUCCAGAAUCUAUAAUGUGACCUACAUGGGGCCCACCCUCCGCGUGGCAGCCAGCACCCUGACGUCUGGGGCUUCCUACAGCGCACGCGUGAGGGCCUGGGCUCAGAGCUACAACAGCACCUGGAGCGAGUGGAGCCCCAGCACCAAGUGGCUUAACCACUACGAGCCCUGGGAGCAGCACCUCCCACUUGGCGUCAGCAUCUCCUGCCUUGUCAUCCUGGCCGUCUGCCUGUCCUGCUACCUCAGCGUCAUCAAGAUUAAGAAAGAAUGGUGGGACCAGAUUCCCAACCCCGCCCACAGCCACCUAGUGGCGAUAGUCAUCCAGGACCCACAGGUGUCGCUGUGGGGAAAGCGGUCCCGAGGCCAGGAACCAGCCAAGUGCCCACACUGGAAGACUUGUCUUAGGAAGCUCCUGCCCUGUUUACUGGAGCACGGCGUGGAAAGGAAAGAGGAUCCCUCCAAGAUUGCCAGAAAUGGGCCUUCGCAGGGUUCUGGAAAAUCAGCAUGGUGCCCCGUGGAGGUCAGCAAGACGAUCCUCUGGCCCGAGAGCAUCAGUGUGGUGCGAUGUGUGGAGCUCCUGGAGGCCCCGGUGGAGAGCGAGGAGGAGGAGGAGGAGGAGGAAGAUAAAGGGAGCUUCUGCCCAUCGCCUGUGAACCUCGAGGACAGCUUCCAGGAGGGCCGGGAGGGCAUCGCGGCCCGGCUGACCGAAAGCCUCUUCAUGGACCUUCUCGGGGUUGAGAAAGGGGGCUUUGGCCCACAGGGCUCGCUGGAAUCGUGGUUUCCUCCUCCUUCGGGAAGUGCAGGUGCUCAGAUGCCCUGGGCUGAGUUUCCGGGUCCGGGGCCCCAGGAGGCAUCGCCCCAGGGCAAGGAGCAGCCUUUCGACCCCCGGUCCGAUCCUCUGGCCACUCUGCCCCAGAGCCCAGCCAGCCCGACUUUCCCAGAGACGCCCCCGGUCGUCACAGACAACCCCGCCUACCGCAGCUUCGGGACCUUCCAGGGCCGGUCCUCAGGUCCCGGCGAGUGUGACUCGGGCCCCGAGCUGGCGGGACGCCUGGGGGAGGCGGACCCCGGCAUCCCCGCUGCCCCCCAGCCUUCGGAGCCGCCUUCCGCGCUCCAGCCCGAGGCAGAGACCUGGGAGCAGAUUCUGCGUCAGCGAGUCCUGCAGCACAGGGGGGCCCCGGCCCCGGCCCCCGGCAGCGGCUACCGAGAGUUUGUGUGCGCCGUGAGGCAGGGCAGCACCCAGGACAGCGGGGUGGGGGACUUCGGCCCCUCGGAGGAGGCCGGGUACAAGGCCUUCUCGAGUCUGCUCACUAGCGGUGCCGUCUGCCCAGAGACAUCCGGGGGUGAGGCCGGCAGUGGGGACGGGGGUUACAAGCCCUUCCAGAGCCUCACUCCUGGCUGCCCUGGGGCCCCCGCCCCAGUCCCCGUCCCCCUGUUCACCUUCGGACUGGACGCGGAGCCACCUCAUUGCCCGCAGGACUCCCCCCUCCCGGGCAGCUCCCCAGAGCCAGCGGGGAAGGCGCAGGACAGCCACAAGACCCCGCCGGCCCCGGAGCAGGCCGCAGACCCCCUCCGGGACGACCUGGCCAGCGGCAUUGUCUACUCAGCCCUCACCUGCCACCUGUGUGGCCACCUGAAGCAGUGUCACGGCCAGGAGGAGGGUGGUGAGGCCCACCCCGUGGCCAGCCCCUGCUGCGGCUGCUGCUGUGGAGACAGGUCCUCGCCGCUGGUGAGCCCUCUGAGGGCCCCGGACCCCCUGCCAGGUGGGGUGCCCCUGGAGGCCAGCCUCUCUCCAGCCUCCCCGGCACCCUUGGCUGUCUCAGAGGAGGGCCCGCCCUCCCUGUGCUUCCAGCCUGCCCUGAGCCAUGCUCACAGCUCAAGCCAGACCCCCAAAAAGGUGGCCAUGCUCUCCCCAGAGCCCACGUGCACGAUGGCUUCCUAGGCGCGUGCCCGCUUGUCACUGCCGUCUUCGAGUGAGGGCUGGGCCUUAGCCCGGCCUGGGAAGUGCCUCCCCCGGAAGGCGGCUAGGCUGGAGGAUUUGCAAAAGACUUGGAGAACCCUGCUAUGAAGCUGGGAGGUGGUCUGACCUGGGGGUAAAGAGACUGGGCUCCACCCCGCCCCUCCCCCAGCUCCCAGCCCUGGCCUGGGCUCGCCACAACCCAAGGGAGUGGAGGGCACGGGGGAGAGGCCCCUGCGGGGAUCGGGAGCUCCUUGGGUGCCUCGGCUUAUGCACGAGCCACUGGCCACUUCAUGCGUCCACGCGCCCUCCCUGCUGCGCUCACCCUGGGUGCGCUUUGUCCGCUCGUCACUCUGUUACUCUUGUCUUGCCGGGUUCUGGGAUCGGCUGCCGCUGUCUCACCGGAUUGGAGGCCGAGCCCACCAGGGAAUGACUUGGGAGACCUUGGGAAAUGGAUGGGACGUCGUGGUCCUGGAAGGGUGGUCAUUUGCCCGGAGGUGCCCAUUCAUUCAACAGACCCUCCUUAGGUCGACCCUGAGGGCGGGACCUGGGCGUGGCGGGGCGCGAAGUCAAGUGCGCUAACAGACACAAAAGGACCCGAAAGACUGGGAUCACGAAGCCACGACUGGCUGCUGUCUGGUUCCCACACAACCGCUGAGACCGGGGGCUCCUGUUAAGCACAGGAGCCCCAGAAUGAACACAGCCAGCUACCUCGGGGCCAGUCUGUGCCCCCGCAGGCACUUUGCUGGCAGCCGCAGCAGCCAGAGGGAGGGAGGGAGGGAUUGGCCGAGCUAGGCGCUCCGCCGGCCCACACCACACCCUCAGCCGGCACGGCGACCUGCCCCUCUGGUUGUGUAAUGUUUGUUUGCAUCCCGAAGAUUAUUUUAUCGCCUGGUAUUUGUCUUCACUGAGAAAUCGCUGUGGAAUCGGAGGGCAGGGCGAGGUGUUUUAUGUAAAUAAAGCCUCUUUAUCUCCGU